AUGUCGUCACAUCGGCCACUUCUUCAAUUGCGACAGCUUAGUUCAGCGAUCGCAAGUGAGACACGGGUGAGAGGUCGAUUUCAAGACUGGAAGAAACCGGUAUACGUUGCUCCACAUGUCCACCCACUUGAAAUGGGACCUGAUUUUUCUCAUGCCGAUGGGCGGCCUAUUCACGUGACUUCCAAAGUACAGCUGGAGUAUAAACAAGACCAGCUGCGGUUAGCGAAGAGAAUUGUUGAGUUACUAAAAGAAGUGAAUGCGAUGGAGGCGGCUCACAAGCAAGCAGAAAGUCGAAGAAUCCAAGAAGCUCAGGAACUUGAUGCUCGACGACCGAAAUCCAAGGGCACUAGGAGUAUAAUUUAG